AGAUAUUAUGUAUCCCUUCAACAAUUUCAUCAGUAACCAGGAUCACAGCCCUAAUGGACUCCGUCGAGAUGCAGCCCGCCGACUCCCAAUCAGCAUUAGUGCCUGAGCAGGCCAUUCUUACGUACGCGGGUCUCACCGCUUUGAUCUGCCAGGAGCUCGGCGUGCAGGAAUCGAGCGGUGAGCCGGCGAGCUUACGCUUUUGAGAAGGUCGGAAAAAGAUGGCCAGCAGAAUUCUCAAGUCAGACACUCGGCCUGCUCUUACACGUCCAGCCGCCCUUUUUCGCCAGUCGAACCCUGGUAGGAGGAUUGGUUCCUCCGAUCCACAUUUCAGACCAUGCAGCGGUCCGACCCAGUCAACGCCUCAGUCUGUCUGUAUCUCAUGGAAGGAUGUUAUGAAGCUUGCAGGUUCAGGAACAAUGCGACCCUUUGGUCCGGAUGACCAGAUGCCAGUUGGUCGAGACCGCAGACCGAUACCUUGGGGAUGGUCUAUCGAGCAAUUUCGAGCAAUAUCGAGCACCUGCGUACGGGCCAUGCACCGGUUUCCUAGGCUGGCGCACGGGGCCAAGGAGGGGGCAAUAGUGCAAAAUCUCCCAUACAUACCGAUCCUCCCAUCCAUGAUCGAUCAUUUCCGAUCCAGGCUCAAUUUUCUCCGGAGCGAGCGUGUCCUCCAUUCCUCCAGUGAUUCGGCGACUCCAUUUCGAAUUUCUUGGAGCACAUUCACGGCGGUGGAAAAGGGGCAAAGCUCAAAAACCAGAUUCGAAAAGAAAGGAAACCCUGCCUGCAGCUACCCGUUCUAUUCCUUCUUUGCGCCCAGCUGCAGUCGAUCGCUGGUCAACCUUGAUGGCUAUUGAAUGCGCAAUUGAAUUUCCACAGGGCGUCUAUGAUCCACCAGCGAGAGAGCAUCGGCAGCCGCCCAGCUAGAAGGAAGUCUACUUAUCUCGGCUGGCCUCAUCGUCCCGACAACUUAGGGACCUUUGCAGUUUGCAGUGACCCUGGCCGCCGGCGUCCGUGAUCCGUACAUCCGGCACGUAAUUAGGCAGUAGUGCCCCUCCAUCUCCGAACGGUCUGGAAUUCCCCAAGCGGGCAUCCCUCUGAGUCGGUGAAGGUUGUCACCAUCACCGUCUUGGGACCGUUGGGGAUCGAUCAUGAUUCCGUGGAAGGAUUCUUGACCGCUCCUAUAUACUAUCGGGUUGGGCACUGUUCUUUCUACACAUG